CUUCGCCGCAGGUGAGUGCUUGCCCAGCCUUCUACCUCUUUCUCCAGUCAUCAUACAGGGAGUCAACAGCCAUGAAGACCAUGCUGCAAGAGAUGACUCAGUACUGGAGACUGUACCUGUUGACACUGGUGCUGGGCGUCGGGGGAUCAUUCCAGUAUGGCAUCCACGUUUCCAUCAUGGCAUCGCCUGCUGAGCACAUUAAGAACUUUAUGAACCAGACGUGGCUGAGCAGGUACGAGGUUCCCAUUGGAGAGGCCACCAACAAACUCAUCUGGUCCUUCAUCGUGUCCGUCUUCAGCCUGGGUUGCUGGGCUGGAGCCGUUCACAGUGGCAGCCUGCCGGUCAAAUAUGGACGGAAGAAAGCGCUUCUCAUCAACAACGUGGUGGAGGUCGUUGCUGCAGUGAUUAUGAUCCUGAGCCGGACUGCUCAAUCUUUUGAGAUGAUCCUGAUCGGAAGAUUCUUGUACGGAUACAAUGUUGGCCUGGGGCUCAGUACGCACCUCAUGUACCUGGGGGAGAGCUCCCCAAAGAAGCUGCGCGGGUUCCUCACACUAACCUGCUCCAUCUUUAUCGGCUUCGGAAAACUCGUGGGCCAGGUGGUGGGCAUCAAGGAGUUGAUGGGGACGGAGGACAUGUGGCCAUACCUGUUGGCUGUGAGUGGCCUGCCUGCCAUCUUGCAAUUCCUGGGCCUGCUGUGCUUCCCAGAGUCACCACGCUACAUCUACAUUGACAAAGGAGACGAGGAGGGCUGCAAGAAAGCCCUGCAGUGGCUGUGGCAGGAGGAGGACCUGAAGCUGGAGCUGGAGGACAUGAAAAAGGAGCGGGAGGUGGCCCAGGGGGAGAGGGCCAAGACGGUGCUGGACGUGCUCCGCUCUCGCUGCGUACGCUGGCAGCUGCUGGCGCUGGUCAUACCCUGCGCUGGCGUGCAGUUCUGCGGCAUCAACGCGCUUUAUUUUUACGCUUUUGACAUCUUCCGCGAGUCUGGAGUUGAGGAGGAUAAGAUGCAUUACCUUUCGAUGGGCAUCGGAGCGACGGAACUCAUUGCAGUCACUAUCUGUGCCUUUGUAAUUGACCGUGCGGGCCGGAAGAAGCUGAUGGGCUAUGGCUAUCUCAUGAUGGGCGUGGUCAUGUCUGUGCUGAUCGUCAUGUUGACUAUCAAGGAUCAGUACCCCUGGGUCCCUUACAUCAACAUCGCACUCAUCUUCCUCAUCAUCUGUGUCUAUGGCCUGGGGCCGUCGGGGGUGUCCAUGUGCCUGCCCGCUGAUCUCUUCCUGCAGGCCUGGCGUCCGUCAGCCUUCGUGGUCAGCGGCACAGUCAACUGGCUCAGCCUCUUCUUCAUCGGCAUGCUCUUCCCCUACAUUGUGGAGGGAUUGGGCCAGUUCUGCUUCUUGAUAUUCGUGGCCUACUGCAUCUUCAGCGCAGCCUUCAUGUUAUAUUUUAUCCCAGAGACAAAAGGAAAAACCAUGGUGGAGAUCACAGAAGACUUUAACAAAUUAAACUUUAAGAACAGGGGCACUGAAAUUGAGAAGGGAGACUUUGUGCUAGCAACAAAGUUGUAGAGCCCUUUGUGUGGAUGUGAGUGCGCCCUAUUUAUUGUCAUACAGUAAAUGUGUAAAAAUGUAAACAUUUCUUUCCCUGGUAAUCUGUGACAUUUUACCAGGCAUUGUCCCAUGUAUGUAAAUUUUGUACGGAAGAUACAUGUUGUUGGUUGUUCUUGACAUUUUUUUCUUAACUACUUUGCAUACAUGUUCUAAGAUGUUCUUGGCGAAAUAAAUUAUGUAUCCAGUUGGAAAUGUCCACUCUAAAUUCCACACUGGCCCCUCUACACAUCCUGUUUAAAAAAAUAAUUUAAACACAGAAAACAUUUCUGUUUCUGUUACUUCCUGUACCCUAAGCCUAUUUCCAAUAAAGUUGGUGUCUUCAUUAA